AUGGUUUGGCAGUGUAGUGUGCAAAGCAAAACAUGGACCCACUUCACCAAAUGCUACCCUCUGUCUGCUAUAUGUCCCCAUCCCUCAAUCUCACCCUUCUUCUUUAUAUUAAAAUCCCCCCCUCCCAACUUUGUUACCAAUAAACCUAGAUUACUAUUGCACUCUUUGCUUUGCUUUCCUUCUCUCAAGACUAAUAGCAUUUGUCAUUUAAAGUUGGGUUUUUUUGGGGGGGGGAGGGAAUCUUUGUUUUUUGUUGUUUGUUGUGUGGUGUGCAUGGAGCUCCAACUGGGACUCUCCACUCCUAUUUUUCCUUUCAAAAUGUUGGACCUCAACAGCUAUGGUUACGAGCUUAGGGAGGGUUUGGGUCCAUUUGGCAUUAAUGUUAAUAACAAUUGCGACAGUUGCAGCAGCAGCUGCAGUUCUAGCAGUAGCGGCGGUGCUGAUGAUGGUGGUGGUGGCACCAAAAAACGACGCCUCCUUGAUGAAGAGAAUCGAAUUGUUCCUAAAACGUUGCCUCUUUUGUUUUGGACAAACCAACGACCUAAUGAUGAAGAUGAGCCGAAAGAUGUCGACGACCACUCUUCUUCUGCCAUUUUCAAGAAUGAUGGAGAGGGUUUAGUGGGGUGGCCACCAGUGAAAGCGUGGAGGAAGAAGGUGCGGCGCCGCGUAGCCAAUGUAAGGGCGGCGGUGGAGAAUAGCUGUGGUGGUAGGGCUUCAAGUUCUACGUACGUGAAGGUAAAGAUGGAAGGAAAUGCAAUUGCAAGGAAAAUUGACAUUAGUCUUCACCACUCCUUUGAAUCGCUCACAACCACCCUGAUGAGAAUGUUUGAUAUAUCUGAUGAGAAUGGGCAAAAGAGCUUUAAACUCACUUAUCUGGACAGAGAAGGAGACUGGCUGCUUGCUGAAGAUGUUCCAUGGAGGACCUUCAUUGGAUCCUUGAAAUACAUCAAAUUAAUUCGAAGCAGAUGCUAAUAAGUUAGUGAUGGGAUGGAUGAAACUUGAAAGAAUGGUCAUGGCCUUUUCAAUUCUGCUUCAAUGUGAACAUAUAGUAAAUGAAACACAAGUAUGUAGAUUUGAGAGCAAUAAUGAUACCCUGCUUCAAUUAUUCCAAAAACCUUCCCUACCAACUUCAUCAACCUUUCAAUAUUUCUUAAACAUGAAUCUAUUUUAAAUGCCCUCUCAUUUCUCUUUACCCAGAAUUCCAUUUUUCAGCUAAAACUGAAAUUAUGAGAACGAAUCAAAAUACAGUGCUACAGUUCUAUUGAUUUGAUAAAUGCAUACUCUGUUUUGAUA